UAAGCACCUAUUGUGGGUCUGGUACAGUCCUAUCCACACAAUGAGUAGGACAAACAAGAGCCCUCUUGCAUUUUGUUUACAUUCUUGAAGGGAAGUCAAAAAAUUAACAAGCAAACAAGUAAAGUAUCAGAUAGUGCUAUGAAGGAAAUAAACACAACGGUAGAGCAAUUUUUUAAGGAGAUAAAGAAAGGCCCCCUCUGAGAAAGGGACAUUUGAGUUUAAAAGUGAAUAAUGAGUAGAAGCAGGCAUGAAUUUUUCAGGUGAAGGGAUCAUGAGAGUUCUAUUCCUCUGGCAAGGAAUAACAACAACAUAUAUACAUAUAUGUCACUAACAAUGUUCUGCUGUUGUAAGAGCUAUAAAAACAUAAACCCAUCUAAUAUUUUAACAACCCAUAUGAAAUAGAUACUCUCAUUAUCUAAUUUUAAAAAUGGAUAAACCAAUGAUCAUAGACCUGCCCUAGGUAAAACAGCUAAUAAAUAGUACAGCCAGGUGCUAGCCUAGGCAGACUGGCUCCAACAUCCAUGCUUUUUUUCUCACUACUGCACUUGAACUGGUUACAGAUGACAAAUAAGGGCCAGUGUCACUGGAAGACGCCAGGCGAGGGGAGGGAUAGGAAAUGAUGCAAGAGACAUGGGCCUGAGCAGAUCGUGUAAACCUUACAGAAACAUGUAGAUCAUAUCACAGUAUGCAUUCUACAUAUUUUGCUAAGUGCUGUGGGGACCAUUAGUGGGUUUUCAGCAAGCAGUAACUUAUUUCUGUUGCCUUGCAGAAUCCUUGAGUCCUUAAUGUGUAACGAGAGUAGUAUUCGGAGCCUGCGUCAGAGAAAAUCUGUGAAUGCUUUGAACAGCCCCUUCUACCAGGCCUAUGAAGAGGACCCGGGUGACAGCAGGGCUGGGUACAAGGAAGCCUCCAAGUUCCAGGAUACCCGUAGCGACUCUCAUUAUUACAUCUUCUUUGAAGAACAAGAGGAUGAGAUCAUUGGUUUUGGCCAGAAGCUCAAAAACCCACAGGAAGAGACCCUACAGGCCUUUGAUAGCCAUUAUGACUACACUGUGUGUGGGGGCAAUGAAGACAUGGUGUGUACCCCCAAGUCGGAUGAGUUCAACCCCUGUGAAGACAUAAUGGGCUAUAAGUUCCUGAGAAUCGUGGUGUGGUUUGUUAGUCUGCUGGCUCUGCUGGGCAAUGUGUUUGUCCUGGUCAUCCUCCUCACCAGCCACUACAAACUGACCGUCCCUCGCUUUCUCAUGUGCAACUUGGCCUUUGCAGAUUUCUGCAUGGGGCUGUAUCUGCUCCUCAUCGCUUCUGUAGACCUCUACACUCAUUCUGAGUACUACAACUAUGCCAUUGACUGGCAGACAGGCCCUGGGUGCAACACGGCUGGUUUCUUCACUGUCUUCGCCAGCGAGCUGUCGGUGUACACACUGACGGUCAUCACCCUGGAACGCUGGCAUGCCAUCACCUUCGCCAUGCGCCCGGAUCGGAAGAUCCGCCUCAGACACGCAUGUGCCGUCAUGGUCGGGGGCUGGGCCUGCUGCUUCCUGCUCGCCCUGCUCCCUUUGGUGGGAAUAAGCAGCUAUGCCAAGGUCAGCAUCUGCCUUCCCAUGGACACAGAGACACCUCUUGCACUGGCAUAUAUUAUCCUUGUUCUUUUGCUCAACAUAGUAGCCUUUAUCGUCGUUUGCUCUUGUUAUGUGAAGAUCUAUACCACAGUCCGAAAUCCCCAGUACAACCCAGGGGACAAAGACACCAAAAUUGCCAAAAGGAUGGCUGUGUUGAUCUUCACUGACUUCAUAUGCAUGGCCCCAAUCUCCUUCUAUGCUCUGUCAGCACUUAUGAACAAGCCUCUCAUCACUGUUACCAACUCCAAAAUCUUGCUGGUUCUCUUCUAUCCACUUAAUUCCUGUGCCAAUCCAUUCCUCUACGCUAUUUUCACAAAGACCUUCCAGAGAGAUGUAUUUAUGCUGCUCAGCAAGUUUGGCAUCUGUAAACGCCAGGCUCAAGCAUACCGGGGCCAGAGGGUUUCUCCGAACAGCACUGGUAUUCAGGUCCAAAAGGUUGCUGGGGACAUGAAACAAAGUCUCCCCAACAUGCAAGAUGACUAUGAACUUCUGGAAAAUUCCCAUCUGACCUCAAAUAAGCGGGCUCAAAUCUCAAAAGAGUAUAAGCAAACAGUUUUGUAAGCUGACUCCACACUACUCACAGUGGUAGGGAAAGUUAUACCUAAGGCUUGUUUCCUGACACGCACUCCGACCACAAGACACACACAGGGUGGCCGACCUAACCCUUGUGCAGGUGAUGCUUCUUGGGGCAGGACUUCAUCUCGGGAGAGGGACUAACAUUAAUCUCAUCGUCACCUCCAAGAAGGAAGAGAGGCUACCAGCAUGUCUGAAUCCCAGGUAAUAUCAAAACAAUCUAUACUGGAAGACUUGCUUGAUGCUAAGUGCAGAGAUGACAUUGUGUAAGAUGUUCAACAAAUAUCAAAUGUCAACAUUCAGCUUCUCACUUUUAUAUAGCAUUUCAUAGUAAAUAUUCAGCAAAUACCAAAUACUACUAACUUGGUUGCUGAUCACAGAUAAAGUUGGCUCCAUGUUAGCUCAGUCCAUUUUCAUGUUUGCUGACACAUCCAAAGAGAGUUUGAGUUCCUUGAAACUGAAAAGUCAAAUAGGACAUCUUGCAAGGAAGAGCUAUCAUGAGACAUGAAGGAGGGGAAAGGCUUAGCUUUGAGUUGUUUUCUUAGACUCUUUUCACAAGGAUCUACCUGAUGUGACCCAACUGUUAUGUGUUGCCCAGAAAAACUGGCAAGAUUUCACCUUAUGUGGCCAAGUAAACUAAGAGUUGCUCUCCUUGGCUAGUCUCAUAGCAUAAAAGACAUGAACUUUAACACUAGAAAUAUUUAUAAGUAGAUACAAGCAGGAAUUAUGAGCAGAGCACAGUAAAUCACCCACUGAUUAAUAAAGCAGGCUAGACACCAGGUAACUAUUGGACAUUGAGCAAAUCACUCGGCCUCAAAAGUCUAUAGAAAUGAAGAAGCUUGAUGGCAUCUUCUAGAUGUAAAUCUCUAUGUAUAUUUCUUUUCCUUAAAACUUGUUUCCAGGAUGAAGAAAAAGGAGAGGUAUUAAGGAAGAACGAUCUGUUUUUCCUAACUUGUAAAACACCAUCUCCCUUUCCUUGGAGUCUAGACGUAUAACCCAGGACAUUUUUUUCUGUUUUACUCUUGGUUAUGAUGUCUGGCCCAAAAAUUCUAUUGAGUGACCAUAGUGAGCUGGAUCUGAAUCACGCAUCUAAUUACCAGAUCUAUGCAGCUAUAAUUAUCAGGCCAAAAACAGAGUGGUAGUCAUAUAAUAGAAGGUGGCUUUGCAGAUUUUAGUUAUUUAGAAUUACCACUUCUCUAUGCAGAUUCACUUGAAAAGAUUUAACUUGUCUCCAGGGAUCAGUCUCUUAGCUAUUUCUACACCACAGUACAAUACUAAAGCUAUCAAGAAGUUUCUUCUCUCUGAAACCACUAGCUCUUUCCAGCCUUGUUUAUCAGUGGACAUAAUAUAUCUACUUCCCAACAGCGCUCCCUGACUUAAAAUGCUCAGGAUCUUUAUCUGUUGAUGUACUCUCCAGAUUAUCUGUCAGGACAGCCCCUUUAUUUCAUCCCAAACAGAGAUGCCGUUUGCUUUGACAUUUGCUUCUCAAGUGCUCAUGAACCACAAUAUGAAUUAAAACUGCACCAUCAAUUCAGAUUUUGUUGCUUUAAGUUUGUGAGGUGGGGUUAGUAAGCCCAAUGGACUAGAAAUCCUCCCCCAACUCACCUGAUAUCUCUUCAUUGUCAUACCCAUUCCUGAUUAUCCCUGAAACUUGGAUGUUUGAAUUGUCAAUAUUAUAAAGACCUAAAAUGAUGACUUAUCCACCAGUUCACUUGGAACUAAUGAAAUUAAACAAAUGUGUUACCUUUUGGCAUGUGUUUCUCAAGUGGCACAUAUAGAAAUAUCACAUCCUGAAAAAUGUGUUUUAUUUUGAGUAGUUGAAAUAAUGCUUUGGAAAUCACAACAAAUUUGGUAACAAAAUUGUUACUAAAAUUUGCAUUCACAACAUGAAAUAAAGUUUCUUCCUAUAAAAUGGUUGUGCUGAGUCCUAGAGUACUGCUUUUGUAAUUGUGAACUUCGUUUAGGGUUACCAUUAUAUGUGUAAAACUAAAGGCAGGAAAAAUAUGUUGGUACAUUUGCUAAUAAAUCUAUAUUAUAGAUAUAUUAUUGACUAUAAAUAACUUGAGCAUAACUUAUCUUGAUUAUAAAUGCUCUUUAUAUAGAAAAUCUUACACAUGAUGAAAUAUGAUUCACUAACAAGGAGUGAUGGCUCAAGAUGAAAAACAGGAUUAGUAACAUCAAGAGGAUCAUACACCAUGAUCAAGUGGGAUUCAUCCCAGGGAUGCAAGGAUGGUACAACAUACGAAAAUCCAUCAACAUCAUCCACCACAUCAACAAAAAGAAGGACAAAAACCACAUGAUCAUCUCCAUAGAUGCUGAAAAAGCAUUUGACAAAAUUCAACAUUCAUUCAUGAUAAAAACUCUUAACAAAAUGGGUACAGAGGGCAAGUACCUCAACAUAAUAAAGGCCAUAUAUGACAAACCCACAGCCAACAUCAUACUUAACAGUGAGAAGCUGAAAGCUUUUCACCUAAGAUCAGGAACAAGACAGGGAUGCCCACUCUCCCCGUUUUUAUUCAACAUAGUACUGGAGGUCCUAGCCACAGCAAUCAGACAAAACAAUGAAAUGCAAGGCAUCCAGAUUGGUA